UACGUGUACGUGGAUUUUUAUACUUUCACACACACGGCGAAAAGCGAGUAGGGAACUUAAACUAAUUAGUUGUAUAAAUAGCAAACAAUGUUUAACAUUAGAAGUUAUUAAUUAGCGCCAGUGCCAGGGCUGCCAACAGGCAAUAAAUGUUGCCAGCCAAACUAUAACAAAUAUAAAAUAAAUGACCAAGGUUGUUGUUUGUGCCGUUGUUGUUAUUGUUGUUUCUGUACAGAAGAGCUGAUAAAAGUUGUCCACAACAAAAGUAGCUGCUACUGCUGCUCAAUCGAUUCGUAACUUCACACAUUAAUUAUUAACAAUGGCGCCCACACGAAGGCCAAGCGACGGACUGUUGGCUCGCGUCAAUUUUCCACUCUACGCCGUGGACAUGCUGACCAGUCGGCACAUAUUGGUCGCGGGAGGCGGCGGCUCAAGCAAAACGGGCGUUGCAAAUGGAUUCGAAAUCUACGAAUUGUAUCACAAUGGCAGCCACUUUUGCGCGGAGGAGGUGCUGCGUCACGAGACCGGCGCCAAUGUGGUGAUGAACUUUGCUGUGCGGAACAAUGGAAGGCGCUCCUACCUAUGCGCUGGCCAGGAAGCGCAUUGCCAGAUGUAUCAUGUGCAGCCGCGCAUUGAAUGCGAGGACGAAGCUGGCGAUAAAGAGGGAAAGAAACCGGCGGUGGAACGUCCACAUGAGAAUGGCGUGCGACAGCGUGGCCAGCACUCUGGCGUGGAGAAUCUCUCAAAUGGACACACACCAGCGGAAUCAUCAGCUGCAACGGCCGCGGACAUACUUAAGCAAUUCAGGCGUCUGCGCUUCGAUAUACAGGCCGCGGAUGUGGUGCAAACAGACUUUCUAAGCAGCGCCGAGCCACUGCAGCGAGUGGUGCGCAUUAGCGGCAAUGGACGCCUGAUGGCCACGGGCGGCACAGACGGACGAUUGCGUAUCUGGUCGUUUCCACAGAUGGCGCUAGCAGCCGAGCUGACGGCGCACAGCAAGGAAAUCGACGACCUCGACUUCAGUCCCGACGGCAACUACAUCGUGAGCAUCUCAAAGGAUGCACAGGGUCUAGUGUGGGACCUGGGCACGGGCAAGGUGCGGCACAAGCUCAACUGGCAAACGCCCGAAGGCGUUAAAUAUUUGUAUAAACGUUGCCGCUACGGCACCGUCGAGGCGCAAAAGGACAACUAUCGGUUGUAUACUAUCGCCAAUCCAUUAGGCAAGGUUGGCCGGCAGCGCGGCUAUCUGCAGCAAUGGAAUUCUGCCACCGGUGCACUGAAUGUCGCCGUCGGCAUCGAUGAGAGUCUCGCCUCGCUGGCGGUGCGCGACGAUGGGCGCUUUGUGGCCGUCGGCACCAUGUUCUCCGGCAGCGUUUCCAUGUACAUAGCCUUUAAUUUGCAGCGCGUGCUGCACAUUCCUCAUGCACACUCCAUGUUUGUGACGGGCCUGCAGUUUCUGCCCAUUACCAAUGAGGAAGGUCCGCCCAUAUCUAGUGAUACGGAGGCGGCCGUACUCUCCAUCUCUGUGGAUAAUAAAGUCUGCAUACACAGUCUGCAGCAGCGACGAACCGUUCCAGCUUGGAUGGCCAUUGUCUUCAUGAUCAUCAUGAUAUUUGCGGUCUUUGUGUUCUGCUCCUAUCUAGGCAUUUAAAAGAGCAACAACAACUACAUCAUGAAAUGAAAUUAAUGUGAAUAACGAUGUUACAAGCUAAAUCAAUUUACAUAAUUAUUAUUAGUUGGUAAAGAAUUCGUUUAAGUUUCGAAUGGCCCCGCCAUGUCAUGCCCACGUUGUGCUAAUUAUUUUAAGUAUAUAGGUUCCCCUCUGCCUUAUCAUCAAUUCGAUUUGUUAUUGUAAUAUAUUUCGUUCUCCACACCCCAUAGCCAAGAAUCCAUGCAAUCAGUUUGCGUUUACGUUUCUGACUCUGUUUUUAUUUCCACACCAGCAAAUAGUGUAAAUCAAUGAAUGAAUGCUUUAAUUAACUAGCAAUCUAAUUGAUAUUUAAUCAACAAUUAACCAGGUCAUGAUAGUAACUAACAACAACAACAAAAACAAAUAUGUAACGAAUUUUUGUAAUCGAACUACACAUUUAAUAGGUAUUUAAAGGACUUAGCGAAUAGUUUAGCAGCUGAGCGAAUAAAAUUUCGUUUUGU